UAACGGCCUACGCACCUUGUCUGGCGGCGCUGACGGGCAAGCGAGAAAGCGUCCAUCGCGAUCGAAUGCGUUUGGUUUGAAUGAAUCGUUCACCUCCCAAUAUGGUGGGGGGUAUCGAUGGACGGCCUCCCUGCCGCUGCACAGUCGAGUUGGAUGCGACUGGAUUCAAAUCGACGACUCGUUGGUAUCUGAUGUCGUCGACUCGUUGCUCUCAUCAAUGGACUGCCGCACAAGAUCGCAUGGCAAACCAUUUCCAGCUCCGUCCAAAUGGAUGCCGGCAAAAUCGAGGAAACACUUGCGUGUACAUAUCGUGCACGAGAUCGUGAGCCAGUGGGUCGAACAUCGUCGGCCCGACCUCGAACGGGGUUAUUUUGUGCAGUUUGGACCGGAGGCCUCGGCGCCAAGUUGCCGCUGCGGGAGUGGUCAGUGGACCCAUGGCCGACACGCACUGCUGGUACACGUGCUGCGCUGCAAACAGCGAAUGAGAUUGGCCUCGUCGAAACUCUUGGCAGAGCUGGAAUGCCAACACAUCUUCAAGUCGAAGCUCGAGGAAGCAGUACGAUCGGAACGCCUCGAAUCCGUCGGGCGAAUCGAGAAAAGCUGCAAACAUUUCCAUCGACUUGGACAGUUGGCGCGUCGAUUUGGCCGGCAGUGUUGUGGUCAAGGCAGCACGGACGCGGCGGCUGCUUGUGCCGUACCGAAUCAAUGUGGACGUUGCGCGCAGAAGGAAGUAUGCACUCGUCUCGGCCACGAGGGUCUCGAUGAUACCACUAACGUGCAAGGAUUGCCAUGCAGUGUCCGUCGAAGGUGUCGCGUGAGCCACAGCCACGUGUACUGCAAGCAGUGCCAGCAUAAUGUACGCGCGCGCCAUGAACCUUCGAAACAUUUCAAAGUAGUCCGCGCUGUGAUACUGAUGGAGUAAUGUUGAGGAUACCAUGGUCAUGGCGAGCCACGGCCAUGUCGUGGCCAGAGUCACGGCCUACGAAGCAUGUGAAGACGGACGACACAACGAGGGAGUCAUACUCGAUCGGUCGGCUGCGGCGAUGAAAGAAGAAGUGUGCGCAUCGCCAAGAACGAUUCGGUCGUGGCACCAAUGCAACAUGAAGUGGCGAGGAGAAUCACCAGCAAUACAAGCAGGAGGCAUCGCUGUGCAGAUGGAUGCAGGCACCGCCGACAUCGAUACAUCUUCUUGAAGUGCAGUUGGUUCCACUUGGUGUAGCUAUACAAAAGUGUCGUGGCAUGCACCGUCACGACAUAACGUCCUUCUAAAACUAGCACCCACGCGCU